UCAGUGUGAAGCGAACGGAGAUGUCAAUAUACAGGAAUGGUCUGAAGUAAAAAGUUCCGGAAUCGAUGACUUCAAACGCUAAUUUUAUGCAACGUUAUCAGCAGCUUUGUCAGCAGGUUUUGUUGUUGCGCCGAAUCGGCCGACUUUGCGAUGCUCACGGAACCUGCGCAGUCCAGGUCCCUUGUCUAGUUCGUCUGCUUGUCGUGUCUAUUCUCUUGAUCACUGUAUCUGCUUGGUUUUAUUUUUUAUUUUUUAAUAUUAGGGGUGGAUCUUCUAUCUACAGUCUAUCGUAUCUAGGUUGACAUCGCGAGCCCCGUCGCGUUAAUUACGUGUUUGUCGUCUCGUGCAGUCAGUCCACGAAUACCGUCAUUUCCAGUCCAUUGCAGACUCCGACCCGGGGUAUUACAGGUUUUCAAGACGGCCCAUUGUGCGAUCAAUCGAAAAUGGCGCCCCGAUACGCUCUCUCCGAGUCCGAGUCCGACCCCGACCCCGAGGAAGCACCCGCUGCGCCCUCGGGGAAAGCGCUCGAGAAAGCGCUGCGCGAUGCUGUCGCUGCGGUUUACAAGUCCAAGAAGAUGGAGGAGUUGACGAUCAAACGGAUUCGUCUGGCGGCUGCCAAGAAACUCGGUCUUGACGAAGGGUUCUUUAAGAGCAGUGAGUGGAAGGGGCGCAGUGAGCAGGUUAUUAAGGAUGAAGUGGAAGUACAAGACAAAGCGGCCCAGGAGCCAGAACAUGAAGACGAUGAGAAUGAAGACAACGGCACUGCGGAACCCCCGCAAAAGGCGAAAGCUACUGGGCGCACAAAAUCCGCAGGCGGUACAGCGUCACGAAAGCGCCGAAAGGAGACCACCCCUGGAUCCGAGGACGAAGCCGGUGGGUCCCCGAGUGAGGAAGACGUGAAGAAGCCCACCAAGAAACAGGCCAAGAAGACGCAGGACAAGCCACCACGGAAGGUCUCCCAGGACCGGGUGUCAGAUAGCUCAGUUGGGAGCAAUGACGACGAGGAUGAGGAUGAGGAGCAGAAGCCGUCCGAGGAGCCCACCGCAGAUGUGAAAGUGGACUCAGAAAGCGAAAUGUCCGUCGUCCUGGACGAAGAGCCCAAGCCAAGUCGAUCACGGAAGAAGAGCGCCGACGGGCCGUCGCGCAAAGGGGCCGCUAAAAAGCCAGCACCCAAGGCGAAAGGCAAGGAUGCCGACACUGAUCCGGAUCAGGCGGAGAUCAAACGGUUACAAGGAUGGUUGCUGAAAUGCGGCAUCCGGAAGAUGUGGGCGCGGGAGCUGGCUCCGUACGAGACGCCCAAGGCCAAGAUCAAGCAUCUCAAGGGUAUGCUGAAGGACGCUGGGAUGGAAGGCCGAUACUCCGUGGAGAAAGCCAGACAGAUCCAGGAGACGCGCGAACUCCAGGCAGACCUCGAGAUGGUCCAGGAGGGGGCGAAACGGUGGGGGAAAGGCAGUGGUGACGAGAACAGCGACGAGGAGCAGCCUCGCCGGCGAUUGAAUCGUGGUCGGAAGACCCUGGCGUUCUUAGACAGUGACGGGGAGGAGUCGGAUUAGAGAUAAUAGUCGCCAGACCAGACCAUUGCCGACUUCGUGUCCAAAAUCAAAAAUCGAAUCCCCAUCAGACGAAAUUGCUGAACAAUGACAGAUAAUGUUGCGUCAUUUGACCGACUUUCCUCCACCCAUGCGCUGCGCGACCAGGCUGAACACCGCGACGGACGAGAUGAACAGGACGAGAUUGUAGAACUAGGUAGCAGAUCUUAGUCGGAAUGCUUGCCAC